UUCAGCUUCAUAUUACUAGUUUAUGUCCUUGCCAUAACGUUAUUUUAAUCUAGAACAUCGUAUUCGUAACAAAGUUUUUUUUUUUUUUUUCUUUACCUGCCGAGGAAUACAAAAAUUUUCAUGGAAAACAUUAAAAAAAUUUAUUAAUAAAAUUUUGAAAAAGUUCACAUUUUCUUUUUUGUAAGAACAAAAAAAAGUGAAAACGUUAAAUUAAAGAAGAAAUAAUGACUGCUAAAGAUGAAACAGUGUCUCAACGAGAUGAAGAAACAAUUUGGGAAAAAUUAAAUGGAUGGAGAAAGAAUUUGAUAUGGAGAUAUUUUUUAUUCAUGUCGUUAUGGCAUAUCGUUGCAUUUUAUGGAUUUUUGACAUUUCCUUAUUCGACACAUAAAUUAACAUUUUUGUGGAUUGUUAUUGUGUAUCUUUAUGCUGUUUUUGGAUUAUGCGGUGGUGCACAUCGUUAUUGGUCUCAUCGUUCUUUCAAAGCAAAAUUACCACUGCAAAUUAUUUUAGCCGGUGGUCAUUAUACAGUGGGCAUCCUUAGAAUAUACGAUUGGGUGAAAAUACACAGAGUUCAUCAUAAAUACACUGAUAUGGAUGCCGAUCCUCAUAAUGCAUCUCGUGGAUUUUUUUACUCGCACAUUGGUUGGUGGAUACAAAAAAAGAAUCCAGAAUUUUUGAAACGAUUGAAAGAAAUUGAUAUGAGUGAUGUGAAGGCAGAUCCGGUAGCACGUUUUGGAGAUAAAUACUAUUAUAGUAUGUUGACCCUAAUGUCAGUCAUUUUACCAUCACUGGUACCAAUAUUUUUAUGGAACGAGAGUUUAUAUUGGGCUGUUAUGUCACAAGCAUUUAUGCGUUAUGUAUUGGCAUUAAAUUCAAUAUUACUGAUUAACAGUGCAGCACAUAUGUUUGGAUCAAAGCCCUUUAAUAGGUAUAUAAUGCCAAGUGAAAAUAAACUUGUUGUAUUAUUAACAACAGGUGAAGGAUGGCAUAAUUUUCAUCAUACAUUUCCAUGGGAUUUUCGUGCUGGUGGAAUUGAUAAAUAUGAUUUUAAUUUAACAUCAUUUUUAAUUAAACAAUUUGAAAAAAUAGGUUGGGCCUACGAUUUAAAGACUGCAAGUAAUGAUCUUAUUAAAGCGACAUGUGAAAAAAGAGGCGAUGGAAGUCAUGCAAAAUUAUGGGAAGAAGUUCCUGAACCUAAAUAGAAAAAAAAAUUUUUUUUUUUUUAUUGAUAAUUCAUCAAUAAAAUUGCAAUAAUUA